AUGUCAUCAUCUAUAGACAAUAUGAGUAAUAAUACCGGUCUGACUGACUCACUAGAUUAUCAAUCAUUACAUGAUCAAUUACCACCACAUUUUCUCGGAUUAAAUUCAAUUACUAAUGCAGAACCAUCAAAAAUUACAAAUUUUGUUAAAUCUCAUCAAGGUCAUACAGUUAUUUCUAAAAUUUUAAUUGCAAAUAAUGGUAUUGCAGCUGUUAAAGAAAUUAGAUCAAUUAGAAAAUGGGCUUAUGAAAGUUUUGGUGAUGAAAGAGCUAUACAGUUUACUGUAAUGGCCACUCCUGAAGAUUUGGAAGCAAAUGCCGAAUAUAUAAGAAUGGCUGAUCAAUUUGUUGAAGUACCUGGUGGUACAAAUAAUAAUAAUUAUGCAAAUGUUGAUUUAAUUGUUGAAAUUGCUGAAAAUACAAAUGUUCAUGCUGUGUGGGCUGGUUGGGGUCAUGCAAGUGAGAAUCCAUUAUUACCUGAAAGAUUGGCAAGUUCCCCUAAAAAAAUUAUAUUUAUUGGUCCACCAGGAAGUGCAAUGAGAAGUUUAGGUGAUAAAAUUUCUUCAACAAUUGUUGCCCAACAUGCUGAUGUUCCUUGUAUUCCAUGGUCAGGUACUGGUGUUAGAGAAGUUAAAAUUGAUCCAGCAACAAAUUUAGUUUCAGUUUCAGAUGAAGUCUAUGCAAAAGGCUGUUCAACAAGUCCUGAAGAUGGUUUAGAAAAGGCUAAAAAAAUUGGUUUCCCAGUUAUGAUUAAAGCAUCUGAAGGUGGUGGUGGUAAAGGUAUUAGAAAAGUUGAUAAUGAAGAAAAUUUUAUUCAAUUAUAUGAUCAAGCAGCUAAUGAAAUACCCGGUUCACCAAUUUUUAUUAUGAAAUUAGCUGGUGAUGCUAGACAUUUGGAAGUUCAAUUAUUAGCUGACCAAUAUGGUACUAACAUUUCAUUAUUUGGUAGAGAUUGUUCAGUUCAAAGAAGACAUCAAAAAAUUAUUGAAGAAGCUCCAGUUACAAUUGCAAGAAAAGAAACUUUUAGACAAAUGGAAAAUGCAGCUGUUAGAUUAGGUAAAUUAGUUGGUUAUGUUUCUGCAGGUACUGUUGAAUAUUUAUAUUCACAUUCAGAAGAUAAAUUUUAUUUUCUAGAAUUAAAUCCAAGAUUACAAGUUGAACAUCCAACUACUGAAAUGGUUACUGGUGUUAAUUUACCAGCUGCUCAAUUACAAAUUGCUAUGGGUAUUCCAAUGCAUAGAAUAAGAGAUAUUAGAACAUUAUAUGGUUGUGAUCCUCAUACUUCAACUGAAAUUGAUUUUGAAUUUAAAACUGAAGGCUCAUUAUCAAGUCAAAGAAAACCAUCAUCUAAAGGUCAUUGUACAGCAUGUAGAAUUACUUCAGAAGAUCCAGGUGAAGGUUUUAAACCAAGUGGUGGUUCAUUACAUGAAUUAAAUUUUAGAUCUUCAUCAAAUGUUUGGGGUUAUUUCUCAGUUGGUAAUCAAUCAUCAAUUCAUUCAUUUUCAGAUUCUCAAUUUGGUCAUAUUUUUGCAUUUGGUGAAAAUCGUCAAGCUUCAAGAAAACAUAUGGUUGUUGCAUUAAAAGAAUUGAGUAUUAGAGGUGAUUUUAGAACAACCGUUGAAUAUUUGAUUAAAUUGUUAGAAACUCCAGAUUUUGAAGAUAAUACAAUUACUACUGGUUGGUUAGAUGAAUUAAUUACUAAAAAAUUAACUGCUGAAAGACCAGAUCCAAUAGUUGCUGUUGUUUGUGGUGCUGUUGCAAAAGCUUAUAUAAAAGCUGAAGAAGAAAAGAAGGAUUACAUACAAUCACUAGAAAAAGGUCAAGUUCCACAUAAAAAUUUAUUAAAAACUAUUUUCCCAAUUGAUUUUAUUUAUGAAGGUGAAAGAUAUAAGUUUACAGCUACAAAAUCAUCUGAAGAUAAAUAUACUUUAUUUUUAAAUGGUUCAAGUUGUGUUGUUGGUGCAAGACCAUUAUCAGAUGGUGGUUUAUUAUGUGCUUUGAAUGGUAAAUCUCAUGCAGUUUAUUGGAAAGAAGAAGCUUCAGCUACAAGAUUAUCAGUUGAUAGUAAAACAUGUUUAUUAGAAGUUGAAAAUGAUCCAACUCAAUUAAGAACUCCAUCACCAGGUAAAUUAGUUAAAUAUUUAGUUGAAAGUGGUGAUCAUGUUAAUGCUGGUCAACCAUAUGCUGAAGUUGAAGUUAUGAAAAUGUGUAUGCCUUUAAUUGCUGGUGAAAAUGGUAUUGUUCAAUUAAUUAAACAACCUGGUUCUACAGUUAAUGCAGGAGAUAUUUUAGCUAUUUUGGCAUUAGAUGAUCCUUCAAAAGUUAAACAUGCUAAACCAUUUGAAAAUACAUUACCAGAAUUAGGAGAACCAAAUGUCAGAGGUUCAAAACCAGUUCAUAAAUUCCAACAUUAUAGUACAAUUUUGAAAAAUAUUUUAGCUGGUUAUGAUAAUCAAGUUAUUAUGAAUUCAACUUUAAAAAAAAUUAUUAAUGUUUUGAAAGAUAAAGAAUUACCAUAUUCAGAAUGGAAACAAUUUAUUUCAGCUUUACACUCAAGAUUACCCGCAAAAUUAGAUGAAGCUUUGAAUACAUUAAUUGAAAGGACUCAGUCUAGAGGUGCUGAAUUUCCAGCAAGACAAAUUUUGAAAGUUAUUAAUAAAGCAAUUGCUGAUGCCCCAGAUAAUGCUGUUCUUAAUGAAGUUGUUGCUCCAUUGGUUGCAAUUGCACAAAAGUAUUCGAAUGGUUUAGUUGAACAUGAAUACAAUUUCUUUGCUUCAUUAUUGGAUGAAUAUUAUAAUGUUGAAAGUUUGUUUAAUGGUGAGAAUGUUAGAGAAGAUGAUGUUAUUUUAAAAUUAAGAGAUGAAAAUAAAACUGAUUUGAAAAAGGUUAUUAAUAUCUGUUUAUCACAUUCAAGAGUUAGUGCUAAGAAUAAUUUAAUCUUGGCUAUUUUAGAAGAGUAUCAACCAUUAUUGCAGUCAAAGUCAUCAGUUGCUUCUUCAAUUAGAGAAUCACUUAAAAAGAUUGUUGAAUUAGCUUCAAGAGGUUGUUUGAAAGUUGCUGUUAAAGCAAAAGAAAUUUUAAUUCAAUGUUCAUUACCAUCAAUUAAAGAAAGAUCAGAUCAAUUAGAACAUAUUUUAAGAUCAGCUGUUUUAGAAACUUCAUAUGGUGAAAUUUAUGCUAAACAUAGAAAACCAAAAUUAGAAUAUAUCCAAGAAGUUGUUGAUUCAAAACAUACUGUUUUUGACGUUUUAUCACAAUUCUUUGUCAAUAGUGAUGAAUGGGUUGCUAUUGCAGCUGCUGAAGUUUACGUUAGAAGAGCUUAUAGAGCUUAUGAAUUAGGUACUAUUGAUUAUCAUUUCCAUGAUAGAUUACCAAUUAUUGAAUGGAAAUUCAGAUUACCAACAAAUGUUACAAGUUCAAGAUUUAGUGGUAUUCAACAAUCAAAUACUUUUGAUGAUGAAGCUGCAGCUGUUAAUAUGAAACAUGCUGCAUCAGUCAGUGAUUUAUCAUUUGUCGUUGAUUCAAAGACUGAACAUUUAACAAGAACAGGUAUUUUAAUUCCAGCUAAACAAUUAGAUGAUGUUGAUGAAAUGUUAAUUGCAGCUUUAGAUAAAAUGCAAUCAAGUAUUGGUAUUAGUUUUGAAGCAGGUAAAGAUUCAAAACGUAAUUUAUUAAAUGUUAUUAAUGUUGUUAUUACAAAUACUGAUGGUUACUCAAAUGAAAAAGAAUUUUUAGCAAGAGUUCAUGAAAUUAUUGAAGAAUUCAAAGAAGAAUUUCAAAAUAAUGAUAUUCGUCGUAUUACAUUUGUUUUUGCUCAUCAAGUUGGUCAAUAUCCUAAAUAUUAUACAUUUACUGGUCCAGAAUAUUUGGAAAAUAAAGUUAUUAGACAUAUCGAACCAGCAUUAGCUUUCCAAUUAGAAUUAGGAAGAUUAAAUAAUUUCAACAUUAAACCAAUUUUCACAAAUAACAGAAAUAUUCAUGUUUAUGAAGCUGUUGGUAAAAAUGCUCCAAGUGAUAAAAGAUUCUUUACAAGAGGUAUUGUUAGAACUGGUAUUAUUAAAGAUGACAUUUCUAUUGCAGAAUAUUUAAUUGCUGAAUCCAAUAGAUUAAUGAAUGAUAUUUUAGAUACUUUGGAAGUUACUGAUACUUCAAAUUCAGAUUUGAAUCAUAUUUUCAUUAAUUUUUCAAAUACUUUCAAUGUUCAACCAGAAGAAGUUGAAGCUGCAUUUGGUUCAUUUUUGGAAAGAUUUGGUAGAAGAUUGUGGAGAUUGAGAGUUACCGGUGCUGAAAUUAGAAUUGUUUGUGUUGAUUCUCAAGGUAGUUCAUUCCCAUUAAGAGCUAUCAUUAAUAAUGUUUCAGGUUAUGUUGUUAAAUCAGAUUUAUAUAUGGAAGUUAAAAAUCCAAAAGGUGAUUGGGUUUUCAAAUCAAUUGGUCAUCCUGGUUCAAUGCAUUUAAGACCUAUUUCUACUCCAUAUCCAGCUAAAGAAUCAUUGCAACCAAAACGUUAUAAAGCUCAUAAUAUGGGUACUACUUAUGUUUAUGAUUUCCCAGAAUUAUUUAGACAAGCAACUUUAUCACAAUGGAAGAAGUAUGGUAAAAAAGCACCAAAAGAUGUUUUUACUUCGUUAGAAUUAAUUAGUGAUGAGGGUGAUGAUUUAAAUUUAACAGCAGUUGAAAGAGAACCAGGUUCAAAUAGAAUUGGUAUGGUUGGUUUUAAAGUUACUGCUAAAACUCCAGAAUAUCCAAGAGGUAGACAAUUUAUUAUUGUUGCAAAUGAUAUAACUCAUAAAAUUGGUUCAUUUGGUCCAGAAGAAGAUUAUUAUUUUAAUAAAUGUACUGAAUUGGCAAGAAAAUUGGGAAUUCCAAGAAUCUAUUUAUCAGCAAACUCAGGUGCAAGAUUAGGUGUUGCUGAAGAAUUAAUGCCAUAUUACCAAGUUGCUUGGAACAAAGAAGAUUCACCAGAUAAAGGUUUCAAAUAUUUAUAUUUGACUGCUGAAGCUAAAGCUAAAUUGGAAGCUGAUGGUAAGUCAAAUUCAGUUACAACUGAAAGAGUAGUUGAAGAUGGUCAAGAAAGAUUUAUUAUUACUUCAAUUAUUGGUGCUGAAGAUGGUUUAGGUGUUGAAUGUUUAAAAGGUUCUGGUUUAAUUGCAGGUGCAACUUCAAGAGCUUAUAAAGAUAUCUUUACAAUCACUUUAGUUACUUGUAGAUCAGUUGGUAUUGGUGCUUAUUUAGUUAGAUUAGGUCAAAGAGCUAUUCAAAUUGAAGGUCAACCAAUUAUCUUAACUGGUGCUCCAGCUAUUAAUAAAUUAUUAGGUAGUGAAGUUUAUUCAUCAAAUUUGCAAUUAGGUGGUACUCAAAUUAUGUAUAGAAAUGGUGUUUCACAUUUAACUGCAAAUGAUGAUUUAGCUGGUGUCGAAAAAAUUUUAGAAUGGUUAUCAUAUGUUCCUGCUAAAAGGGAUAUGCCAGUACCCAUUUUAGAUAAUGAAGAUUCAUGGGAUAGAGAUAUUGAUUAUUAUCCACCAAAACAAGAACCAUAUGACGUUAGAUGGAUGAUUGAAGGUAAAACUAAUGAUGAAGGUGAAUACGAAUCUGGUUUAUUUGAUAAAGGUUCAUUUCAAGAAACUUUAUCAGGUUGGGCAAAAGGUGUUGUUGUUGGUAGAGCAAGGCUAGGUGGUAUUCCUAUCGGUGUUAUUGGUGUUGAAUCAAGAACUAUUGAUAAUUUAGUACCAGCAGAUCCUGCAAAUCCAAAUUCUACUGAAUCUUUAACUCAAGAAGCGGGUCAAGUAUGGUAUCCAAAUAGUGCUUUCAAAACAGCUCAAGCAAUUAAUGAUUUUAAUAAUGGUGAACAAUUACCUUUAAUGAUUUUAGCAAAUUGGAGAGGUUUUUCAGGUGGUCAAAGAGAUAUGUAUAAUGAAGUUUUGAAAUAUGGUUCAUUUAUUGUUGAUGCAUUAGUUGAUUUUAAACAACCAAUUUUUACUUACAUUCCUCCACAUGGAGAAUUGAGAGGUGGUUCAUGGGUUGUUGUUGAUCCAAGUAUUAAUGCAGAUAUGAUGGAAAUGUAUGCUGAUGUAGAAUCAAGAGGUGGUGUUUUGGAACCAGAAGGUAUGGUUGGUAUUAAAUAUAGAAGAGAUAAAUUAUUAUCAACUAUAGAAAGAUUAGAUUCAACUUAUGCAAAAUUAAAAUCAAAAAUGAAUGAUCAAAGUUUAUCAUCAGAGGAACAUUCAAAUGUUUCAGUUAAAUUAACAGCUAGAGAAAAGGCAUUAUUACCAAUUUAUGCCCAAGUUUCAGUUCACUUUGCUGAUUUACAUGAUAGAUCAGGUAGAAUGUUGGCUAAAGGUGUUAUAAGACAAGAAGUUAAAUGGUCAAAUGCUAGAAGAUUCUUUUUCUGGAGACUAAGAAGAAGAUUAAAUGAAGAAUAUGUAUUAAAAUUGAUAACUGAUCAAAUUGGUUCGAAUGCAACUAAAUUGGAAAAAGUUGCAAGAUUAAAAUCAUGGAUGCCAACUGUUGAUUAUGAAGACGAUCAAGCUGUAAGUACAUGGAUUGAAGAACAUCAUUCAAAAUUACAAAAGAGAAUUGAAGAAUUGAAAAUUGAAUGUUCAAGAAGAAAUAUUGCAAAAUUAUUAGCUGAAAAUCCAACAAAUGGAAUUGAAGCAAUGAAAGAUUUCUUUGGUAAUCUUUCAAUUGAAGAAAAAGAAAAAGUAUUAAAUUCAUUAAAAUAA